AAGCUUGACAAGUAGAAAAUUGUUGGUUUUUCUUCAUUACCAAAGGAGGCUGUGAUUCUAUAGCAACGCAAAGAAGAAUUCGUGCUUUGCGACAAGUCACCAAUUUUUCAUCAUCGGUUCAUCGUGCCUAUAUUGCUCCUGCUCUCGCAUACUUCCAUCUCUGUCUGUUUCUGCCGAACGGCCAUUUCUGCGUGGUUCUUCGCAACGAAACGCUGCUGCUCGUUACAAGUUGAUCCGAGUUAGUCUAUUACGGAUGUUUCUAUUGCGUGUUGAAAAUAUCUGAGUGAGUAAAACAAAAAAAGGCAUUACGAUUAUAUCUGCCUAGCUCGAAUCAAUCGGUAGCAAUGUCCAUUGUAACUCAUUGUAAACGUAAGCACGUGCUCAUUUCGAAUGUAUCUACUGAUCCGAUUACCUCCACUUCAGUGACUGCAGAACCAGGUACAUCCAAAGCAUCUGAUUCAAGAACCUCUGCCGAAACAAUGAAAUCUAUCCCUGUACAAAAAACAUCAGAUGAACGAAGCCAAACCAAAGAUGCCAAGGAAAAACAGAUGCUAGAAAAUGUAUACGCCCGAGAGCUGUUUUUUCGCCACACCAACAUAACACAAGUUUUGGCGCAAACACUUCCGACGCAUAAUGAAACACUCCGCCAAACGUUCGCGGCAAAGCUCUAUAGAAACUAUUUGCUAGUGCCCAAACAACGGAUCCGCAAGUAUCUCGAUGAGGUACGCUUUGAUACACGCUACAACGAAGGAUUGUUCCGAAUGGCGAUCAAGGUGCCAAUCACCAGCGCCCAAGAACUAACGGCAUACAGACAAAAGCUUGCCAAUGCGGGUAUCAGAAAGCUGUGCUUUGUUGAUAUGACUGUAAACAACUUAGUGCUCGAACAUCAGGAAAAGAUUGUAGAAACAUUAAAGACAAGAUUUAACAACUGGUCAGGCAAGUUGGAAAAGCUUUCCACCUACAUAACCAUGUACCAACGGCAACGUGAGGCCGACGACCGGAAAUUUCUAUCCCAAUUGAAACACCACUCAUCGAUGAAAGGUAAAUGGACACUACAGCUCCCGGAAGUAGUAGAGGAACUCGUUCGAGAGUCAAGAAUUCCAAGUGAAAAGCGCAAAAACUUGUUUUGGUCCACGUUGCGGUUCGAUGAUGACGCGUUGAAUAAAAAGUAUGAAACUGCUGAUUAUUCUAAAAUGCAAAAGGAAGUGGACAUCAACCCGGAUGUGUUAUCUGAGUAUCUCCCACGACGUACUGUUAAGAUAACUCAAGAAAAAACCCGUUUUGAUGCUCGUGAGAACCAAUUAGUGGACAAUACUGGCGCAGUACAAACCAGCGAAAAAUUUCUAAUUAUCGAAAAAGUUUCAGUACACCAACGGACAACAAUGUUGCAGGAUCAACCACGCCGGACAGCUACCAAUCAGCCGAAACUGCAAUCACGGCCCAAGCGCAUCUCAUACGAAUCGGAAACCUUCUCAGACGAAAUUAUCACAAUAGACAGUGAUUCGUUUGAAACUGAAUCUAAUACACCAAUGAUCACUGACCAAGAUGAGGAAGUUUAUUUUUCAUGCACCGAAGGAACUAUGUCUACAGACGAUAUGCAAGAUGAUAAGAAAUAAACCAAAACAUUAUACACUUGUUUGAUUGUGGCAGAUAAAACCCGGCAAUAAAUGACAAUAUCCCUUGCAAGCGAAAGGAACCGAUGGAACGAACAUUUGAGAGCAAAAGUUAGCCAAAUUCUUGAAGAAUAGAAUUGCACAAAAAAUAAAAAUAACCUUAAAAUUAAGGCAUUACAUUGUAUCGAAUUGAAAGAAUGAUCAAAUAAUAAACAUUACUUCAUGCUGUUGCUAAUAUCAUGCUAAU